UCUGACAAAAGAGUUCUAGUUAUUUAAUUGUGUUUUGAGACAGACAUAUGGAGAGCCACAUGACCGAUCAGGAACGCACUUUAAGAACUCUACUAGAAGAAGCCGUGAAGAUCAGGGACGAUGUGGUGACUGGUAUACGUGCAGCGCAGGGUUCAGUCCUGAUGGAGUCGUCUGCUAGAAAACUACUGGAGAACCACAUUCAGAUCAUAACUCAUAUUGUCAAACAGCUCAGCACAGACAUCCAGGUGCUGGGAACGCAGAUUAUUGAGAGAGACAACCUUGCUGCAGGGACGACUUUUGCAGUGAAGAGCUUGGAUCACAAGAACAGGAUGGGUAUCGGAGAUCUCAGAGGCAGAGUGGCAAGAUGUGAUGCUAGCAUUGCUAAACUGUCAUCUGAUGUUGUCACUGGAGGGCGGGACAUUCUGAAACUCCAACAGGAAGUGAGUGAGUUACGCUCUGUGCUGGAGCUGAAGCUGAGAGGCAUGGAGCUCAAGCUGUCUCAUGAUGUAGGAAAACUACAGAUGUCAAUGUCAGAGAAGUUCGUCUCUCAGAGAAACGCCAUUGGAGAUUUACAGAAGGAGAUACAACAACUGGAUGUAAAAACCUCUAGUGGUCUGAUGGAGAUGGAGGAGCAGACAGUGAGACUGAGGAAGUGGACAGAGGAACAGAUGAAAACCACAGUUCAAUCACACACACAGAGCAGCCAGAUGCACACACUGCUGCAGGACAGAGUGAUGGAAGUGGAACGCAGGCUAAAGGAGAAAAUGAAUCUUCUUUCGGGGCAUCUGGAAAGGUUGGAGGUACAACUGGAGAAGGUGCGUUCAGCUCACAGGACCACGCAUUCAGAGAGCAAAUGCGACAGCAUGAUCAAGACUUUGGAGAAGAGCUUCAGAGAAGAGCUAGAGCAGAUGAGGAGGGAGUACCAGUCAGGGUUUCAGGCAGUUCAUGAUGCCAUUGCAUCUCUGAGACACAUCGGUGACACCAAAGCCAAGCUGGACAAAGGAGAGCUGCAAAGAGACAUAAAACAGAUCCAGAGAAACAUGGUGGAACUAAAGGAGCUAUGACUAGAUUUUUUGUUUUUUUUACAUUUAUGCUGGAGUAUAUAAUCUGUGUGUGAGAUCACGAAGUAUGAUUCAGCAGAAUGUGGGCAGAUGGACAAUACAAUCAAAUAAGCUGUACAUUUGUUUCCUAGAUUGAAAAAAAAGAGGAUUUAGCCAGUCUCCAUGAGGUAAUUUCCAGUAAAUCUCUUUAGACCAGACUUUAAAUUCAGAUUCUGAAUGAACAAUCAUGUUUGAUGAAAGUCGAACAAGGUACAAUUAUGGCAAAGCAGAGAUUAGAUGCGCAAUACCCAUGUGGCUCAAUACUGAAAGAUUAGGAAGAUGACCUGUUCUGUGUUUAUCUGCACGUCCGCAGGCCAGUAUUGAUUGUAACGGAUGCUGGAAUAAACAAACAAGAUCUCUUUGUUUUCAUUUAAAUUUUCCAAGCCACCAAUACAUGCAAAGCAUUAAUAUACCCAACACAAUUAACCAUUUUUGUUAUUUCUCUCUUCAUGUUUAUGCUUUCAUAUUUUAGAGACACAAUGGCUUUUUGUAGGUCAGUUCUGCAUAGAUGGAAAUGACAGUGGGGAAAACAGAGGUCCAUUUAUUCUGCUAGUGCCUCUGUAGGGCAAUGAUAACUGUAGACAGAUGUGCCUAAUAAUGGCUACAAUAAGCAAUGGCCGUUUUCAGGCUCCUGCAAAGAUGAACCAUGAUAGAAGUGCUUUUAAGGUACAUAAUGGCAAUAAUAUUUUAGUCAGCCGAGGCUUGUGGCAAUGAUAAUUAUGUAGAACGUCAGUCUCUGGAAGGAAGGCACAGAAAAAAUAAUGAAUCAAUGCCAUUUUUCAAGUGUCAACACCCAUUUGAAUGUGAUCCAAUGAGCAUAGGCUAAUUCGGUUACACCAUAAACAGCUAAUUAAAGAGCCAUUCAUAUAGAUUAAGUGUCUUUUUAGAUUCAUUCACACACAAUUUAACGUAGCAGUGAUAUGUAUACAUAAUAAAAUGUCCUUGGUGAUGUAAAGACUGAGAUUUGUAAACACAUUGAUCAGUGAGUAAACUGCUGAGUGUGUAGGAGAUAAA